ACUGUCGAUUUUUUUUGGAAUGAAAUUAUUUUGAAGGAGGUCAAAUAUAAAUCGGAUGUGGAAAUUUUAUGAUUUUUCUUUUUAUUGGUUUUCGAUGGAACUUCUGUACAUAUUGUGAUUGUAGCAUUUAAUUCCUUUUAGAAUGUUAUAUUGUUAGAAAUACUAGAAACGCCACAUAAUUAUUUAGUUCCUACAUGGACGGGAUUUGUGUCUUUACAGUAUGUUCAGGAGAUACUUGCCUAUCUCGAAAAUUUCAAAAUCCCCUGUUGUGGAAACUAUGAGAUAAUGACAUGCAAUUUGCACCGACAACGGUGUCGUUUCUGUGGGCUAUUGCACACUUGUCUGAAAUAUUUGUGCUGCUAGACAAACUGAGACCUCUCUGUGUUAUGCAGCACCCAGGCAACAGCUGCAAUGUUCUUUAGAUUCUGAUGUCAUCCUAACAUUAAAUACAUCUCAUAAGAUCUAUAAAAAAAAGGAAUGAGGAUUCAGCUUUAGGGGGAAAAAGGUAAGCAAUUCCAGUUUCUAAAUAACCCCUUGGGAUCGGAAUUGCGUCUCCUGACGUCAAUCCCAGGAUAGAAUAAAGUUUUGUUGCAGGAAGUGACUGGAAUCGAAAAGGCAAGGUGAGUUUAUUGUAAUCAAUGACCAAAGGGUCCUAUUUAGCAGUGUUGAUAGCAAGUCCUAAAGAUUUUCCUGAGGAAAUUUCACUAAUUAUUUAAUAAUAUUUUUCUCUUUUUAUUUAUUUAUUUAUUUUCAUUUCAGAAAGACAAAUGAUGACGACUGAACAGGCUUCAUCUUCAAUGGGACUUAGGUUCCCUGAGUAUAUACUUAGUCCUAGCAAAUUCCCAGAAAUGACUCAGGAAGAGAAGGAAGAAUUUAUUGAACAGCUCUGUCACAGCUCUGAAAAAGCACAAGAGAGACUUCGUUCCUUGAAAAGAAAUGAGAUAAUAGAGCUCAUCAAUAUUGAGAACGGAAGGGAGAGAAAAUUUACCAGUAUACCUAAGCGACUGCUUAUAAAUCACCUUUGUGGUAUCAUCUCUGAUAAGAUCAGUGAAAAUGAAAAUCAUGCAGUUGCUUCUACUGAUCUUGUUGCUCCAUCCUCAACCCUGCCUUUACCUCCACUUAAUGCUCCAACUUCGGUUAGAAGCAAAAGAAAGAGUUGCAACCCGUCUCCCCUGCCUUCGGUUAAAUAUUGUGAUAACUCAGCCUGCAGGGCUGAAAUGAAGUUAAUGGAUAAUUUUUGCAAGCGGUGUUCAUGUUACAUGUGUAGCAACUAUGAUGAAAAUAAGAAUCCAAGUUUUUGGUUAGUAUGUGAGUCGAAGACUAGUUCACAGGAUAAUACAUGCGGCUUAUCUUGUCAUCUUGAGUGUGCCCUUAAGGAUGAAAGGGAAGGCAAAGAUUUAAAAAGAAGAGGCACAAAGCUAGAUGGGAGCUACCAGUGUGGAAAUUGUGGAAAUGUGAAUGAUCUGAUCAGUUGUUGUAGAAAGUUGCUGAUGGAGGCAAAGGAUGUCCGAAGAGUGAAUGAUCUCUGCAGCAGGAUCUACCUGAGCCACAAGAUCCUCAGCUCAACUGAGAAGUACCUAAACCUCCACGAGGCUGUAGGCUCUAUUAAGAGGAAGUUGGAGGAUGAAGUUGGAGUACUAAACAACCUUCCAUUCAAUAUGUCUCAUUCACUAGUCCGGCGCCUUCCUGUUUAUGAUGAAGUCCUAACCCUUUGUUCUCAUGCAAUAAAUUUAUUGGACUCGCUGCCUCUCACACCUCCACGGUUCAAUCACAUUGAAUUACAGCAUUGUGAAGCUGGUGCAACAAGUGAGGCAAUAAAACCCCAGAAUAGAGAAGCUGAAGCAGCAAAUGUCGGGACGGAGACCCAGAAUUGUGAAGCUGAACCAACAAAUGAGGCAAUUGAACCUCAGAAUUGUGAAGCUCAAGCAACUAAUGAAAGUAACCCGGAAGUAGGUAUCAGUGCUCAAGUUUCAGUGCUAAAAGAUCAGAAUUGUGAAGCUCAAGCAACUAAUGAAAGUAACCCGGAACUAGGUAUCAGUGCUCAAGUUUCAGUGCUAAAAGAAGACAAGUCUGAGAGGAAGAAAACAGUGAUGAUAGACUUGAAUGAGUUGCCUGAGAACCAGAGAGAGAAUGAUAAUUCAGCUGAUGGGAAACUUGAGCAUGGUGCACUGCAAACAGUGAAAAAUGAAGAGAAUUAUAUAGAUACAGUGUUCAGGAAGACCGUAAAUGCGAUUAGAAAGUUGGAAUGUGAUGGGUAUAUAGAGAAAAACUUCAGGAUGGAGUUUCUCACAUGGCUCAGUAUCCGGGCAACAAUAAAGAAUGCAAUGCUAGUUGGUGUGUUUAUUGACACAUUUUCUGAUGAUCCUCAUAGUCUUGCGGAGCAGUUAGUCCAUACCUUUGGGGAGGAAGUUAGCAGCAAAAAACCUCGCAAGCAACUGUGAACUGAUCGGAAUGAUGGGAGCUUGAACUUCUUCCUCUUGUCUUUUGCUCCUUUGGAUCCAAGGUGGAGGUUCAGAUGUUCUUGGAGUUUAUUUUCGGUUGCAUUAGCUAGAAUAAAUUAGCUGCGUCAUUAAGCUCUCAGACCAUUUUCCUUGUGCAGGAGGGAGGUUUGUUUGGUGCUUAUGUUUAAGCGUGGUUGUGUUGGACUCUUGUAUAAAAUUCACAACAUCAAGUCAAGUUCUUUGAUUACUUUAGUUGUCGGAGUAGAAGCUUUGAGUAGAACAGGUGCUUGCCUGGUUCUCCUUCUACAUUUGACUUGAUGUUUUGCUUUGCUUAAGUUCUGGUUAUGUUCGUUUCAGUACUUUCUGGGACAAAGAUGAAUAUUGAUAAAAUGCCCUUGCUUC